UGGCGUCGCAGUUAUCAUUUGAACGCUUGGAUCGCCGAACGUGUACUGAGAUCAUCAGAAAUGUUGUUAGAAUUUCUGGCACUGCUUGGCAUUGCCUUUGCAUUGUUCUAUCGCUGGGCAACGGCAAACAAUGACUUUUUCAAGGAGCGGGGUGUUGCUUUUGCUAAGCCUAUACCUUAUUUUGGAAACAUGGCCGACAUGUUCCUGCGACGAAAGGCCAUGUUCGAUGUCGUCUGUAAUUUGUACAACAAAGGUGGCAGCAACAAAGUUUUUGGUAUCUUCGAGCAGCGCAUGCCACUGCUGAUGAUCCGCGAUCCAGAACUUUUAAGGCAGAUAACUAUAAAGGACUUUGAUCACUUUAUCAAUCAUCGCGAUCUCUUCAGUACUGGCACUGACGAUGAUCCACACGAUAUGAGCAAUCUUUUCGGCAGCUCGCUCUUCUCGAUGCGCGACGCACGGUGGAAGGACAUGCGGAGCACACUCAGUCCCGCCUUCACGGGCAGUAAAAUGCGUCAAAUGUUUCAGCUUAUGAAUCAGGUGGCCAAGGAGGCCGUCGAUUGUCUGAAGCCCGAUCAGACGGGUUCGGUUCAGGAAGCGGAGAUGGACAUGAAGGAUUACUGCACACGCUUCACCAACGACGUGAUUGCCUCGACGGCCUUUGGCCUGCAGGUGAACUCGUUCAAGGAGCGAGAUAACACCUUCUAUUCGAUGGGCAAAAAGUUGACCACAUUCGGUUUUCUGCAGAACCUAAAGUUCAUGUUAUUCUUCACCCUUAAGUCGCUCAGUAAGCGUAUUAAGAUCCAGCUCUUUGACAAGAAGAGCACUGAGUACUUUGUGCGUUUGGUGCUUGAUGCCAUGAAAUAUCGACAGGAGCACAACAUUAUCCGUCCGGACAUGAUCAACAUGCUAAUGGAAGCCCGCGGCCUGUUCCAGUCGGAGAAGACCAAGACGACAGUGGUUCGUGAAUGGAGCGAUCGCGACAUUGUGGCCCAGUGCUUUGUGUUCUUCUUUGCGGGCUUUGAGACGUCCGCGGUGCUUAUGUGCUUCACAGCCCAAGAGCUGAUGGAGAACGAGGAUGUGCAGCAGAAGCUCUACGAGGAGGUGCAGCAGGUGGACAUCGAUUUGGAUGGCAAAGAAUUGACAUACGAAGCCAUCAUGGGCAUGAAGUAUUUGGAUCAGGUUGUCUCGGAGGUAUUACGCAAAUGGCCGGCAGCCAUAGCCAUCGAUCGAGAGUGCAACAAGGAUAUUACCUAUGACUUGGAUGGCCAGACUUUGGAAAUCAAAAAGGGCGACUACAUCUGGCUGCCCACAUGCGGCUUCCAUCGUGACCCCAAAUACUUUGAGAAUCCCAGCAAAUUUGAUCCAGAGCGUUUCAGCGAGGAGAACAAGUCCAACAUUCAACCCUUCACAUACUAUCCCUUUGGCCUUGGCCAACGCAACUGCAUUGGUUCCCGCUUUGCACUGCUCGAGGCCAAGGCUGUCAUCUACUACCUGUUGAAGGAAUAUCGCUUCGCUCCAGCCAAGAAAUCGUGCAUUCCCUUGGAGCUAGCCAGCAAUGGGUUCCAGCUGACGCCCAAAUCUGGAUUUUGGGUUAAGUUUAUUCCGCGCAAUUAAUUUCUCUGCUGUGCCAAUGCUUCCUAAACCUAUUAAACAUUUGUCUAAAAGUA